GGGGACUUAGCUGCCAGCCUAAAGGAAGCUGGUGACGAUGCAAGCCAAAGGUCCCCCGGGCCUGUAACCAAGUCAUUGCUAAGGACUCUAUCAAGGACACUGAGAUGGAAAUGCCGGGAGAGCCAGCUGCAGAUCUUGGGCAAACCCUGGAGUGGCUGAGGGAGGAGCUGGCUGAGAUGCAGAUCCAAGACCAGCAGCUACUGUUCACACUGAGGCAUCUGCACAGCCUCCUGGAGGAGCUUCGAGCUGAAAGCACCCACUGGGUGGACACAAGGCCCAGCAGAAGCACAUCUCCUUUCCGAGUGAGGCUGGGAUCAGAGGGCAGGGCCUGCCAGCCUGUGCCAAGGCAACUGCCGCAGCUGCUCCAAGAGGAAAAGAACAGGCGAAGCUCCCUUCCUUAACCAGCCAGAGGAUGCUCAUUAAAUUCUCCUACUGCUAGUAUAAAUUGUGUCUGCUAUGUGUCCUUGAAUCUGUCACUUCUUAACUAUCUCUGUCAUUUGCCAGAGGGAGAGUGUGUGUGUGUGUGUGUGUGUGUGUGUGUGUGUGUGUGUGAUAAAUUAUAUGUUUUAUAAGGGUUUAUAUAGCUUUCACCGAGGGUGAUAAUUCUAGCUCUAGUAAUUUUUCACAGGGCAAUUGUUAAAGAAAGAUUAUAAUGUGCAAAGAUGGUUGGUUACCUACUGUUACCUUGCUGAAAAAUCAGAACAUCUAUAGUGACUUCCUGACUAUUCUCUGUGUUCCUGUUAGGCCCUCUUGUCCCCCUUUAUCUGAUAAUGAAAAGUCCUGUUGCACCACAGAUCACAGAGACAAGCAUGUCAAACAUAUAAUUCAUGUUGGCUCUAACAUUGUGAUUCAUGAUUGGCUUAAUUCAUGGGCAUGUGACUCAACAAAGCCAACCACAACCCUUCCCUGGGAUUGCUAUCUGGACACUGCCAACCACACUCCCACAGGUAGUUCAAUUUCUUUUAGGCUGUGUUGACCUUUGCCAAUAAGCAGUGUAGGGUUAGACUCCAGAGCAAGGGGUGAAAGGAGAGACUGGUUCCUUUGUCCCCUGCAGUAUCUUAGAGAUCUCUUGCAACCCUCGAUGUCACCCACCAGAGCUGCUUCACUUCAGUAGGUGGCACCAGCUCUGAGUCUAAGACCCAGUCUGGAGGCCCCUUCUAAGCUCAGACGCUCCCCCUGCCCCCUUCAGAUAUCUGCAGGCCAGCUCUUCAGGCUCCCGUCUGUGUGGUUUAAAUUUUAAUCCCUCAGCUUCAUUGCUCCCCAGCACUGGGGGUGGCAGAUUCUUCCUGUAAUUGUUAGCUUGGAGUUCUUUUUAUAACCUCUCGUCUAUUCAGUUGACUUUAUACUUAGUUAAUAAUUCUUUAUAUUAAAUUCUGUGCUUCAAAAAGAAGAAGUAGAAGAAGAAGAAGAAGAAGAAGAAGAAGAAGAAGAAGAAGAAGAAGAAGAAGAAGAAGAAGAAGAAGAAGAAGAGGAGGAGGAGGAGGAGGAGGAGGAGGAAGGAGGAGGAGGAGGAGGAGGAGGAGGAGAAGAAGAAGAAGAAGAAGAAGAAGAAGAAGAAGAAGAAGAAGAAGAAGAAGAAGAAGAAGAGAAGGAGGAGGAGGAGGAGGAGGAGGAGGAGGAGGAGGAGAAGAAGAAGAAGAAGAAGAAGAAGAAGAAGAAGAAGAAGAAGAAGAAGAAGAAGAAGAAGAAGAAGAAGAAGAAGAAGAAGUAGUAGUGUUGGGAACAAGCAAAAGAAACUCAUUCCAAGUAUGACCACUUUGUUUUCAGACUCCAUUUAAUCAUAGGGAGAAACUAAACUCAAGGUCCUAGGCCCUAGGGGAACUGAGGGCUUUCCAAUAGCUGAACAGCUUCUAUUAUAAGGAAACGACUGUCUAAGUCCAGACAUCUCAGGGACAACUUGUAAGUGAAGAGUUGUCUGAGUCCAGACAUGUCAAGAACAACUCUCCAUGUUGCUGGCAGGGUCAAACUGAGUUCAUGUUCCCAGGCCUAGGAACCUCCUCCUAUCCUGCUUGAUGAAAACCCUCUUGCUCCAACCCCUUAUGUCAAGAUAUGAUUGGACCGUGCUACAGCCUACCCUGCUUCCCCCUGAUUUCUGGUCUCAUCCUUUACAUAUGCUGUGCAAUUUCUCCUCACGGCUGUAGUUCAUCUCUUCCACAGCAUUGAUUGAUCGGUAGUGGCCUGAUUACAACAAAUUUUUGUCAUCUGCAUCGA